CACGCAAACAAGACGACGACGCGUUUUUGCCGUUACGACCUCCCCCUCCCUAACCUCUUCGUUAUAAUCAUCCUUCCUCGGGUUUCUCUCCUCCCAAACGCCACCCAAUCUUCGCCGCCUCGUUCUCUUUUUCUUGGGAGAGAAAUUUUUCGAUUUAUCUGUUUUGGUUUGCUUUUUCUCUGCCAGAAUCUCACAAUAAAGAUUUGAUUUUGGGGUUUGUGUUUAUUUUGGUGGGAGGGUGAGAAUUUGGGGAUUUUAUUUUGAGAUUUUUAAGAAGAUCGGAAAUUACGGAAGAUCGAAAAAUAGGGUUCGUGCCGAGCUAGAUGUCUUCUUCGUCAUCGUCGUCGUACUGGUGCUACAGAUGUUGUCGGUUCGUUAGGGUUUGGACGCGAGACGCGGUCGCCUGCCCCGAUUGUAACAGCGGGUUUAUAGAAGCAAUCGAUAAUUCGACCCGAUCCGAUUCACUGCAUCGGCGGCGAUUAUCUCCCGCCGCGAUGUACAUGGUGGGGAACAGGUCGAAUUCGGGUCCGGGGAUUCGGAGCCGUAGAAGGAAUGGCGGCGAUCGGUCGCCUUUCAAUCCGGUAAUCGUCCUCCGUGGGCCGUCCGAUGAUGGGCCUGGCGGCGGGGAGAGGAGCGGUGCUUUUGACCUUUAUUACGAUGACGGCGGCGGGUCGGGGCUCCGGCCGUUGCCCCCAAGCAUGUCAGAGUUCUUGCUUGGAUCAGGCUUCGAUCGCCUUCUUGAUCAGCUCACUCAGAUUGAAAUCAACGGUAUUGGGAGAUUUGAUCAACCGCCUGCUUCGAAAGCGGCGAUCGAGUCAAUGCCCACGAUUCAGAUCGUCGAGGCUCACAUACACAGCGAAUCACACUGUGCCGUUUGCAAAGAACCCUUCGAAAUUGGUUCAGAGGCUCGCGAAAUGCCCUGUAAGCACAUAUAUCACACUGAUUGCAUACUCCCUUGGCUCGCUAUUCGUAACUCGUGCCCCGUCUGCCGCCAUGAAUUGCCCUCCGAUAACCAAGGAUCGCCGGAGACAGAUAGUCGGCGGAAUGAACAAUUGAGUGAAGAAGAAACGGUGGGACUGACGAUAUGGAGGCUUCCGGGAGGUGGGUUUGCGGUUGGGAGGUUCUCUGGGGGAAGAAGAGGCGAGGUGAGAGAGUUCCCAAUGGUGUACACAGAGGUGGAUGGAGGGUUCAACAAUGGCGGUGCUCCGAGGAGGGUUUCGUGGGAGACAAGGAACGAUGGAAGAAGAGGGAGUGGUGGCUUGCGCCGGGCUCUUCGCGGUUUGUUUUCUUGUUUUGGGGGUUCUGAUAAUAAUGGAGCUAGCUCUUCAUCUUCUAGGUCUAGUCCUAAUUCCAGGGCAACACAGAGGAGUAACCCCCUGUUGGCCUUUAGAACAGCCUCGCAGAGACGCAGGGCAUGGGCUUUUGAAUUUAAUAAUAGAGGCAGGUGGGGAUAAUAGAUGAAUGCCCAUGCCCUUGUGGGCACUUUCAUUUGUUGGAGGUAGGAAGGAGAUGUUUGUAGAAUGGGGUAGUUGAAUCAGCAAUGUAAAUAUAAAAGGAAUGAAAAGAGUGAAGGUUCCGUUGAUCCAUUAUACAGCCCAGGAUAGUUGCCAGUGAUCUGAAGCAACUACUGAAUCUCCUUGAUAUGAGCAACAGCAAGAAGAAGAAGAAGAAGAAGAAGAAGAAGGCCUUAUAGUGGGGAACUUUGCAGUUGUCUGUUAUGACAUAAGAAGGUACAUAAGCUUAUGUGCUUCUAGGUUGUAGCUAUUUUCCGUUGGCUGUCUCCUAUAUUCAGUCAUUUUCCCCCACAAAUUAAAUUCAUAAUGUGUAUUCUGUUCAGCAUAUGAAGCAUGUUGGAUAAUUUCUUCUGUGUUCGUAGGUUAUUUGUUUGGGGACUGCCUGCCUGCGUUCCUAUUCUGGCUUUCUUUUUCCUUUUGUGAUCUCAUUGGAUUGGACCAUGUAAUUUGUUUUCCAAAGUGAAAAUUCCUACACAAAUCCACCAAUUUGUUUUUA